UUAAUUGCGGUCUUGUGUGGGAAUUUAACAUUUUGCUCCUUUUCUAUUUGAAUUAAUUUAGAUAAUGUAUUGGAAUUUAGUAAUUUCAAGAAAAAGCAGGCUUUCGUGUUUGCAAUGAUGAAACGUAUGACUGAACAAGUGAAGGAUGACGUACAGAAAAUAAUGCAAGAAUUUGGCAAUCUUGUGCACGAUCGCUUGAACGCGUACCUACGCCAAACACUAGGACUUCCAGUAUGCGUCGACCAAAAUCCACUCAGUCCGGGAUUUUGCACCCAGUAUAGCAAUGAGACUAUACGAUGGCACGUUGGAAACUGGUUUAUGGGAAUAAAACGAAGCGGACACCUUGACCAGCUACAAAGUGUUGUUCAAGAAAAGGAAUAUGACGUAUGGUAUGAAGCAGUAGAAAAAGAAGAAGACGAAUAAAGUGAAACGGAUACAACGGAAGUAGAACAUUCAAGCCAUAC